UCCACCAAAAAUCAAACCACCCUCCACCCCUCCUUUCUUUCUUCGUUUCUUCUUCAAGGACGGUUACAAGGACCACUAGAAAACCUAAAACCCACUUUCGUACUCCAUACACACAUCGUUUACAUAUAUAUAUAUAUAUAUAUGUAUAUGUAUAUAUAUAAAUAUUUGAUUACCCCCAAUUUUAGUUUCUAUUUUGCGUAGCUUUCUUCUGAUUUUUGGAAAGAUUAGCGAUCGGUACUGAUAUUAAAGGGCUUUUUUUGUUAGAAGAAGAGGUAGAUGUUAAGUCGUAGAUUCAGUUGGUGAGGGAGGCUGAAUUACUCUAUGGGUAAUAUAUGCUGCAAUUCUGUUUCAAAGUUCGCAGGCGGUCAAUCAUCAUCAAAUGGCACUGGCAAGGGACGAGGCCAUCAUGGGUCCGUUAAAUACGGAUUCAGCCUAGUUAAAGGGAAAGCUAAUCAUCCCAUGGAAGAUUACCAUGUUGCCAAAUUUGUUCCUCAUCAAGGUCGCGAGCUUGGAUUGUUUGCUAUUUACGACGGUCAUCUGGGAAUUAGCGUACCUGCGUAUCUUCAAAAGCAUUUAUUCUCCAAUAUCAUAAAGGAGAAUGAGUUUUGGACGGAUCCGAACAGGGCAAUUUUGAAAGCCUAUGAAAGAACAGACCAAUCAAUUCUUUCCCACAAUCCUGACCUAGGAAGAGGUGGAUCUACCGCAGUUACCGCGAUUUUAAUCAACGGUUGUAAGUUAUGGGUCGCAAAUGUAGGAGAUUCUCGGGCAGUUCUGUCGAGAGGCGGGCAGGCAAUUCAGAUGAGCAUCGAUCAUGAACCCAAUACCGAGAGGGGAAGCAUUGAAAAUAGAGGAGGGUUUGUCUCGAACAUGCCAGGAGAUGUAGCAAGAGUGAACGGACAACUAGCCGUUUCACGUGCUUUUGGAGACAAGAAUCUCAAAACCCACUUGCGCUCUGAUCCCGAUGUAACAAAUGCUGAUAUUGAUGCCAGUACAGAAAUUCUCAUCCUCGCCAGUGACGGUCUAUGGAAGGUGAUGUCGAACCAAGAGGCAGUGGACUUGGCGAUAAAAAUCAAGGACCCACAGAAGGCAGCAAAGGAACUAGCAGCUGAAGCAUUGAAUAGAGAAAGCAAAGAUGAUAUUUCAUGCAUCGUGGUUCGGUUCAACUGAAGGAUGGAAGGUGUUUCUCUGUGUGCAGUAUAAGGUGUACAUUGGGGUUGGGGGGGUUGUGUUUGCGAAAUAGAGUAAAAAAAGAUCCGAAAUUUGCGCAUAAAAGAAGGUAGCUAAAGGUUACAUUAUAUAUAUAUGCUCUGUUUUUCUGUGUAAGAAGUUGAGAAGUUCUUUGUAACUCAAGAUUGCAGGGUUUGUGAUUGUUUGAUUUGUUGAGUGAGUAGAGUAUAUACACAA